GUUUGAACUAUUGCUGAACUAAAAUGGCGUCCAAUGCAUCUCCUGACGUGGAACUUGGCUUAAAUGACAGUGGAAAAAACAAGGACGAACUACAAUUUCAAGAUUUUCCACUAGAAGAUGAAGAUGUUGAAUUUGAAGUUAAAAACAGUCAUAUACAUAAAUUUUCGGAUUUCCCCCCUACUGCAGAGUCAGAUGAAGACGAUAGUACUGAUAAAUCAGAGCUUUUGAAGGAGGAUAAGAAGACUAGUUCAUUUUGGACAUUUGAGUAUUAUCAACAGUAUUUUGAUGUGGAUUCUAAACAAGUAUUGCAUAGAAUUGCUGGAUCUAUGAUACCAUUACCUGGUAGAAAUUAUUUGGUAUCACAUAUUAGACCUAAUCCAGAUUUAUAUGGUCCAUUUUGGAUAUGUAUGACAUUAGUAUUUACGAUAGCUAUUUCAGGAAAUCUGGCUAACUAUCUACAAUCUGCUUCAACUCAAUAUGAAUGGAAAUAUGAUUUUCACAAAGUAUCAUAUGCUGCUACAGCUAUAUUUAGUUAUUGGUGGUUAAUACCUUUAGCUUUAUAUGGUUUAUUAUGGUGGAGAGGAACACAGUCAUCUUUACAUUAUACAUUCCUAGAAAUAAUCUGUGUGUAUGGUUAUUCUCUAGCCAUAUAUGUUCCAAUAUCAAUAUUAUGGAUGAUACAAGUCAAUUGGUUACAGUGGUUGUUAGUGACAAUAGGUGCUGUAUUAUCAGGCAGUGUAUUAUUAAUCACAUUCUGGCCAGUUGUUAAAGAGGAUGCUAAACAGGUUGCUCUAACAGUCAUGGCUUUAAUAUUUAUUUUCAAUGCAGCUUUAGCAGUUGGCUUUGUGUUAUAUUUUUUCCACGUUCCUAAUACAUCGGCCAGUUCUACUAUUGCCCCAACUACUCCUAAUGUUACUUUGCCAGUUUUACAACACCUUCAUUCUAGAUUAGAUGUGCAGGCUAAUAAUAUUGAACAAGAUAAAUCACCAACUUUAAAUCCUGCAAACAGUCAGCCCUCUGCUUUGCGUACAAAAGUUUCAAAUCCGACAGAUGUCUCAGAGAACAAUUUAAAACCAGCGCCAGUUAAUUCAAAACAAAGUGUUGAUUCGAAAGGAACAAAUCCAGCAGCAGUGACUAAUGCGAUUAAACCUAAUGAAAAAAAUGAAAAGACUCCUCAACAUGGUGAUACAAUGAAGGGAAAUGCUAGAAAUGUGGAUAAUGGAGUUAAAAAGUCUUAAAAUAUCUACUUUAAAACUAAUGUGAUUGAUCUGUUCAGAAUGGAUUUUAAACAUUUUUAUUCUGGCCUGAGUUAAGUAUUGGUAAACAAUGUAAUUAAAAUUUCUAUUUAUUUCAUUGCAUCUUUAUGGUUCUGAUUUUUUUCACUUCAUAAGAUCUAAUGUAUUCAAAACGUCAGUCAUUCAGACGAUGGACAGCGACUAUGUGAAGAAUGUGAUAAGGGAGUUUAUUCAGUGGGAAAUGUCUUGGCACAUUGAAUAAACUUGUGAGAAGUCAAGUAAAUAUAAAUCGAAAUAAAACAAGUUGAAAAACAUCUUGUAAAAUAAGUAAACCUUAUUUUGAGGAGGAAUAAUAAAUCGAGGAUAAUAUCAUGAGCUGUUUGGUCAAAAAGGUUUUAGAGGCUUUGAAAAAUGAUAUUUGAUAGCAACUGUGGGAUAAAAAAUUUGGUAAUUUUGUGAAGUAUUUUCAGUUUACUUUCAUAUUGAUUGUUCUGAUAUUCGGGGAUUUUGCUGAUUAUCUGUUCAUUGUUUAAUGUAAUUUGAGUAUAAAAUCUUGGUAGCAAUGCAUUUAGACUCUAAUUGUAAUGUACAAUGAAAAGAUUGUAUUAUUUGGGUUUGGUAUAUAAUACCAUUUGUUUAUUUAUUAACAUGUGUUGAUUUCAUUGUAAUAUUGUCAUUAUUAUUACUGUAAAACAAGGAAAUGAAUGCAACAUAAAAUGAAUUCAAACUGCAGGGGGUUGAAAUUAAUUUAUCUGGCAAUAUCUUGCUCAUUUCUGAUUGUAAUUGGGGUAUGGUGUUACUGUGUCCGAUUUCCAAGGUAACUUCUUUAUGCUUUACUUUAAUACAUAUAAUUGAUGAUGGGUUAAAUUUAACACAUUUAUUUUUUUCAGUUCUAACAUUGAUUUCUUGUUUUACAGACCUUGUUACUGCAUUCCAUUAUUACAUAUGUAUAUAGUGUAUAAAUAAAAUAUUAAAAUAUU